AAAGAAAGAGUGAGCAAGAAAGAGAGCAGAAGAAAAGUCUUACUUUCCUCGCUCCUUCCGCUCGAAGGAAACUUUUUCUAAAUAUAAAUAGCCCAUAAUUGAUCCCUUCUUCUACCUUCAGCUCACACCUUCAUUUUUGAGCUUUUAUAUUCCCCUUUACGAAGCUUUAUAGCUCACUUCAUUAAUCUCUCGUCAUCUUCUUCUCACAAGAAUACUGCUCAUAGAAUUAGGGUAUGUGCAGUGGUUCCAAGAGUAAACCUUUUCCCUCAAAUCCUACCAUGGAAGUCGAAUCUGGCAGCCGGAAGGACGGUAUCUUCUGCAAAUGUUCAGUUUUGCUUGAAUUGUCAGCUUCUGAUGACCUUGUUGGAUUCAAAAAUGAGAUUGAAGAGAAGGGUUUAGAUGUUGAUGAGGCAAGCUAUUGGUAUGGGAGAAGAAUCGGGUCGAAAAAGAUGGGUUUUGAGGAGAGAACACCAAUUAUGAUUGCAGCCAUGUUUGGAAGUACUAAUGUUCUGAAGUAUAUCAUUGAAACUGGGAAAGUUGAAGUCAAUCGGGCUUGUGGCCGGGAUAAGGUUACUGCCCUUCACUGUGCUGUUGCUGGUGGUUCCAAUUCUUUGGUUGAAAUUGUUAAGCUUUUGCUGGAUGCAUCUGCUGAUGCCAACUGCGUCGACGCCAGCGGAAACAAACCCAGUGAUCUCUUUACCUCUUCUUUGAAGUCUCCCUGCAAUUCAAGGAGGAAGUUGGUAGAGUUGUUGCUAAAAGGUGAAAGCUUGAGCGGAGAUGAAGAAGAAAAGCUAAUCUUGAUGUCUCUGCCAACAAAAGAAGGAACCGAGAAGAAAGAAUACCCAAUUGAUGUGUCUCUGCCAGAUAUAAACAAUGGAAUAUAUGGUACAGAUGAGUUCAGAAUGUACUGUUUUAAGGUUAAGCCUUGCUCGAGGGCGUACUCCCAUGAUUGGACCGAGUGCCCAUUUGUCCAUCCCGGAGAGAACGCAAGGAGGAGAGACCCCAAGAAGUACCCUUACAGCUGCGUCCCUUGCCCUGAGUUCCGCAAGGGGGCAUGCCAGAAAGGUGAUGCCUGUGAAUACGCACAUGGUGUUUUUGAGUCAUGGCUGCAUCCUGCUCAAUAUCGAACCCGGCUUUGCAAGGAUGAGACUGGUUGCUCACGGAAAGUUUGUUUCUUUGCUCACAAGCCUGAGGAAUUGCGGCCUGUUUAUGCUUCCACAGGUUCAGCAAUGCCUUCACCCAAGUCUAUUUCAGUUAGUUCAAUGGACAUGGCGACUAUGAGUCCUUUGAGUCUCGGAUCAUCAUCAUUGACAUUGCCUACUGUCUCAACACCACCCAUGUCUCCAUUGUCGGCAGCUUCUUCAACCCCCAAGAGUGGAGGAUUAUGGCAGAACAAAGUUAACCUAACCCCACCUGCUUUGCAGCUCCCAGGAAGUAGGCUAAAGACUGCUCUAUGUGCUAGAGAUUUUGAUUUGGAGAUGGAAUUGCUUGGGUUGGAAAAUCACUCCAGCCAACUUCAGCAACAGCAAUUGAUGGAUGAGAUAUCUGGCCUGUCCUCUUCAUCUUGUUGGAGCAAGGACUUCAACAGGAUUGGAGAUUUGAAGCCUACUAACCUUGAUGAUGUUUUUGGAUUGCUCGAUCCUUCUCUGUUAUCUCCAUUGCAGGGGAUGUCAUUAAAACCUUCAACACCAACUCAAUUACAAUCUCCUACUGGAGUUCAGAUUUGCCAAAAUAUGAAUCAACUUCGUUCAAGCUACCCAGCUAAUCUCUCCUCCACAGUGAGGAAACCUGCUUCAUUUGGGUUUGAUUCAUCUGCUGCAGUGGCUGCAGCUGUGAUGAAUUCAAGGUCUUCUGCCUUUGCUAAGCGGAGCCAUAGUUUCAUUGACCGUGGAGCUGCAACGAACCGACUUGGGAUCACUGCAGCAGCAAAUUCUGUAUCCAUGAUGUCCUCUAAUCUUUCAGACUGGAGCUCCCCUGAUGGAAAACUUGACUGGGGUGUUCAAGGAGAUGAGCUGAACAAGCUCAGGAAGUCUGCUUCAUUUGGGUUUCGCAGCAACAACCGCACAACAGCAGCAGACUUGACACUUUCGAACAUCAAUGAGCCUGACGUGUCGUGGGUAAAUUCAUUGGUUAAAGAUGUUCCUCCUGCUGGGUUUGGUGCAGAUAAGCAGUAUAAUCUCAGUAAAGGAGUCCGUGAACCACUGCAGCCAUGGAUGGAGCAGUUGUACAUAGAACAGGAGCAGAUGGUGGCAUAAACAACAUCUGUGCGCCCCAAGAUUAUCCUUACAUUUGAUACUCUUUAAUUUCUUAUUAGUAUCUGAUAAUUGUAUUUAUGUUAGAAAAGGGAAUUUAAAUAGUAAAAUUGCAGACCAGUCAAAGAAGAAAACUCUGGGCAGGAAGUGUCUGCUCAAAUCAUUGACAGGAAGUGAAGAAUUAGGAUGAAAAUUAGCAGGAAGUCAGGAACAAGAAAGGGGAUAAUUUUUUAAUUAUUUAUAUUCUUAUUUCUUUUUCUCCCCAACUGAGGAGAUUGCGCUUUGUAAUUCUAAGUAAAUUAAAGAGAUUAUAAUUUCUCUUCUCUGAUCAAA